CGAGCAAGACAAGAACGGGAAUCAAGGCUGCUUUGGUUGGCGCGGAAAGUACCAUAUCUUUAACCCAGCCUCCUUCCCCAUCAGAUCUCGGUCUUCCCCUUAGAUUUAGUUGAGCAUCCUCCGCCGGUGGCGUUGCCUUUACAGCCUCCAAGGCAAAGCCCAGGCCUCAACAUACUCCCUCUUUUCCUUUUCAAUCACUGAUCCAACCUUUGACACCAACUGCUUCCAAAUUGUAACUCAAAAUCUCUUUGUUUGAGAAAAGAGUUGAUUUUGACAAAACCCAAUAAUCAUCAUCAACUAAGAAACUCAAAUUUAACAUUUUGGAUUAAAAAAAUGGAAAGAGAAAGAGCUGGAAAGAUGGAGAUAACUACCAGAGCUCCAGGAAAGAUCAUUCUCGCCGGUGAACAUGCUGUGGUUCAUGGAUAUACUGCUGUUGCUUCCUCCAUUGAUCUCUAUACUGUUGUCUCUCUUCGUCUUAGUACUGAGGAUGAAGAUACGAUAAAACUUCAGCUCAAUGACAUUGGAUUAGACUUUUCAUGGCCAAUUGAAAGAAUCAAAGAAGUGCUAUCUCACUUAGGUUCUCCAUUUUCCUCAACACCUACAACAUGCUCGCUGGAGACUGUUAAAUCUCUCACUGCUCUAGUUGACGAGCAAAGUUUCCCCGAGACAAGGAUUGGACUUGCAUCCGGGGUUUGUGCAUUUCUUUGGUUGUACACCUCUAUCUUAGGGUUUAAGCCAGCUACAGUUAUUGUUUCUUCUGACCUUCCGGUGGGUGCUGGCCUGGGUUCAUCAGCUGCAUACUGCGUUGCACUUUCAGCAGCUCUGUUAGCUUUUUCAGAUUCUGUGAAAUUGGACGUAAACCAAAAAGGAUGGUUAAUGUUUGAGGAGACUGAGGUUGAAUUGUUGAAUAAGUGGGCAUUUGAAGGGGAGAAGAUAAUUCAUGGACGGCCCUCUGGAGUUGACAACUCGGUGAGCACAUUCGGCAAUGUGAUAAAAUUCAAGUCAGGUAAUAUGACCCGAAUCAAUUGCAAUAUGCCACUGAGAAUGCUCAUUACCAACACAAAAGUUGGGAGAGAUACGAAGGCAUUGGUUGCCAAUGUUUCAGCAAGGAAAUCAAGACAUCCUGAUGCCAUGUGUUCUGUGUUAAAUGCCAUUGAAUCUAUCAGUGACGAAUGGUCUACCAUCAUCCAGUCACAUGCUGUGGAUGAUCUAUCUUUAUCCACAAAUGAAGAGAAGCUGGGAGAGUUGAUGGAAAUGAAUCAGGGUUUGCUCCUUUCUUUAGGUGUUAGCCAUGCAUCUAUAGAAAUUGUUCUCCAGACGACAAUGAAGUAUAAGCUAGCUUCCAAGCUGACUGGAGCCGGCGGAGGAGGCUGUGUGCUAACACUCUUACCAACCCAACUAUCAGGAGCAGUCGUGGAUAAACUAGUGGAGGAGCUCGAAUCAUACGGGUAUCAGUGUUUCACAGCUGGAAUUGGUGGUAAAGGUGUCCAAAUUUCCUUUGAUGGUUCUUCCUGAUUCCCCUCCCCAUGUCUCAGUUGUAAUAAGUUCUCUCUUCAAAUAACAACAAAGCAGAUGAUCACAAUGUUAUAGCUAUUUCUGUUCACUUCUUUUUCCCGUACCCUACUUUAGAUGAGCUGGUUCCUAGUUAUCGAAAAGAAAACUACUGCUACAGAAAACAAUCUUGUAGGCUGUUUCUGUUAACCUCUCUACAUUGGUUUGUUGUUGAAACUACUGCUACAGAAAACAAUCUUUGCUGUUGAAUGUUGCAA